ACCUCUUAUAUUUCAAAUUCUGCAUUCUCCAUCUUUCUUCUUUUUCUUCCUAAACUCCUUAUCCUUUUUUGUUCAGUGAUCUUCGAGACAGAGAUGAAGGUGAAUGACCAUAAGAGACAACCUAGCCCAUCUUUGCUUGACCGGGAGGAUAAGACAUUUAAAAAGAGGCAUUGCAUUACCAAUCAGUCACAUGUGGAACAUGAAACCAGUUACUCUAGUGAGAAGAGUUCUGAAGCACUGCAGUCUGACUGUGUUGAUAAAAAUGGGGUUACCAUUGUUAAUGAACUGCUCGAGCUUCAACCAACCCUGAAAGCAUGCAUUAAUACAGCAAAACUAUCUCUAGACAUGUUUGAAUGCUAUAUGCUAGUGUUCAUGAAACCCCCAAGUUGACACGUGGAAGCUCGUCAUUUUCACCUGGAGAAGUUUUUUGGGAUGAUGCAAUUCAACUUGCCAAUGGUCUGUGUGCACAGGCAGCAGGAGUAAUUAGUGUUGCACGAUGUGACUGCAAGUCAAAGGAAAUUCUGGAUGAAGGUGAGCAGAUGGAUAAGGGUGGUGAUUCAGGGCCAAUGGGGAAGCAUAGAAAGGAUUUAGAUAAAGAAGUGUCCCCACUGCUUGUUAAACAUUUUGAUUCCUCUUGUGAGGACAAAAAUUUGGAUAAAAGUGUACCACAUCAUUUGGAUGCAUACAACUUAAAGAGUGUGGCUCAUGUAGGUGGCGAGCAAUCUGAAUCCAGUCUUAUAGUCCAUAGAGGUCUGAGAAAUACUAUGAUGAUCUGUUGCAACAAAUCUCAGGAAAAUCAAGUGACGUUUAGAGAUCAAUAUACAGAUUCUGUUAAUGCAGUCAUCACCAACAUGAAAGUGGAUUUAACAGGCAAGGAUAUGACAUCUUAUUCACCAGUUGAUGAAGUCGUAAAGUUGACUGGUAACCAUGAAUCUGAUGAAGCAUGUACUCCUUCAAGUUUUGUGCCACUCAAAGGUCAUCUGGAUCUGAACAGUUGGCAACGACCAGAAAUAUGCAGCCUAUAUAGAAAGAAAGGAAUUUCAAAACUUCAUCCUUGGCAGGUUGACUACCUUCAGGUUGAAGGUGUAUUGCAGAUAAGGAAUCUUGUAUAUUGCGCAUCAACAAGGCAUAACAUUUGGACGUACUUCUUGAACCACUUGGUAAGCGUGUUCGUAGUUAGUAUGGAAACCAAGGUGGUGGAACACUUCCCAAAGAUACUUCUGUAGCUGUCUGCACAAAAGAAAAGGCGAACUUUUUGAUAAACAGGCUGCUGGAAGAGGGUCGUCUUUCAGAAAUUGGAAUUAUUGUAAUAGAUGAACAGGCUGCUGGUUGGCGAUCCAAGUAGGGGUUAUGACAAAACUUCGUUAUGCAGCUGGUGAAGGCAAUUCUGAAUCAAGUAGUGGAGAAAGUUCAGGGAUGAGCAGUUGUAACGCUGACCCUGUCAUGGUCUGGAAAUUGUUGGGAUGAGUGCAACUAUGCCAAAUGUGGCAGCAGUUGCUACUUGGCUUCAGGUAAGUAGAACUAUAAAACAUUAACUAUGAUCCUUCUUGAACAAAUGUUUGACUGUAGGCAUUUUAUCAUUAACACUUGCAGGUCCCUUAGGUGUUUGGCAGUUGAUUUAAGAAUAUAGAUACAAAAAUCUUUACUUGGAUUGUGUGACUUUAUACAUGGGAUCUUGAAUUCCACUCUUAAUGUAGUUGUUCUGUAUAUGAUAAGUACAACGCCUCAUAAGUUCCGUCUUUCAAGGGAAAGUU